GCCAGUGUUUACAGGUGAAAGAUGAUAGCGUCCAAGAGAAGAACCCUAAAGAAAAUGGGAGCUUUUUGCUUCCUUGCUCUAUUCACGGCUUCCGCGUUGCUGACGACAAGCAACGAAAACAAGCCUGGUGAUUUCGAUCUGUACUUUGAGAGCUCCCCUGGAAAGCAGAUAGAGCUGACGAUGGCAGAAAUAGAGGAAAUCAACCACAGAAAUUACAUGACUGAAAGUGUUUUAAAAACAGAAGAAGCAAAAGAAUCUGAAAGCAAAAGUACAAAAGAAGAUUCACUCGUUAAUAUUGGACAACAAAUAAACCUUUCAACAGGAAUAGUAGAGAAAGAGACCAACAGAAUUGACAACAAUUCAGAAACCACAGAAGCAACAGAAAGACUACUUUCUCCUCAAUUCGUAUAUCUCACACAGACUGAGAAAUGUCUUCGAUCAAAUCUUUCUCACAGCCUGGAAUUGUACAACCGUUCGAAAUGUCGCUGUGAUGUUCUUGUGCUAAGUUAUAGAGAAGAAUGUAACGAACCAAGACCGCGUCACUUCACCUACUUGUUUGACAACAGAACCACUUGGGGUACCGGCCGAAACAAGCUUUUUUUCCACGCGACAAAGAGAAACAUAAAUUACAUCUAUUACAUUUUUCUUGACGACGACAUUUCAUUGAGGUUCAAUCGCCAAGCUACACCUGCCAUGAAAAAACUCAGUCCAAUCCAAGUUUUCCAAAACUGGCUUCUUGAUUACGCGCCUGCUGUCGGAUUAGUCGAUUAUGAGGGCCGCAACGAAGGGAAACUCGUGCACUUAAGGAAAAGAAAUGUUUGUGGAAGGCUUCAGGCCAAAAACAGAACGGUGGCCAAUCCAACAAUCUUUUUCGAUCCUCUCUUUAAUGCUAUCCAUGCUAAAGCAGUCGGCCACAUAUAUCCGCUGGAUACACGAUAUGAAAAGAAAAACUGGUGGCUAACUGACAAGUAUUUAGCUUCAGCUGUGGAGAUGAAAUUUCGCGGACAAGCACUGCUGUACUUUCCACUCACAGUGGAAAAUGGCCUCCAUCGGCCUUAUCCGAGAUCUUUUUUUGGAACAAUCAUAACUUGGAAAAAAUUUAUCAAACGCAUUCAAAAACAAGCACCUGAUCACUACAAAAACCAUCGUUUAUUUAAGAAUUUUAGAAAAAAUCCUAUACUUUAUGUGAGGAGAUCGUGGACCUACUGCAUGAGUAUAACUCGUCACCAAGAAAUCAUUCCAUAUGCACACUUGGAAAAACAACAGCCUGCUAAGGGUAGUCGCAUUCGUAGGAAAAGGUUCUAUUAGGCGGAAAAAAUAAAAAAUGACCACAUUAUCUAAAUUUAAUAUUAAUUACAGGGUCAGUAUAUUUCAUGACGUUAUAUACAAACCUGCUUGCGUCAUUAGUGAUUUGAAAGAAAUUAAGUUCACAAAGCCAUUGCUUUAUCAAGAAUAUAUUUCCUUUAGGGAUUAUACCAAACGGAAAAACCCAUCUGAACGAUAAAAGGAAACAAUCAUAAGAGCCUGUGAAAAAGACAAUAAAAUAGCAACUACUAAAACCUAAUUGACUGAAGGAUGUUCACCAAGGUCAGAUGAGUUAUGCCGGCUUAAUUUGGGCUUAAUGCUAUUUUCAGAGCAUCGAGCAUGAUGCCGGCGUAAUGACUAGACUUCUUAAAAAUUCCCUUAAUGUUGCAGUACAACAAGAGCCUGAGAAACGUCAAC